AUGGACGGGGCUUCAAGGCUCGGGAGGUCCAGCGAGACUGGAGGAGAAAGAAACUGGCGAACUCGGCGGGGCCAAAGCGAAUCCCCGUCCCCGCUAUCGGGGGGUAGCGACGCCGGCAUCGGCGGCGGCGGCGGCGGCGGCGGGUUUUCCCCCCUUUCCCUCUCUCUCUCCCUCUCCGACAGCGGCGGCGCCGGCGGCGAGCCUGGUAACCGCCACGGCGACGGGCGUUGGGGGGGGCAUGGGCUCGACGGGGCCGUGGGCGGGGGUGAGGGGGGACGACGCGGAGGUGGUGUUGGGAAUGAGCACGACGAGGGGGGGAAGGGCGGUGACAUCUAUGACUUCGACGCCACAGGCGGGUCGAGCAGGCUAACGCGAUCUGCGGAAGCUAAGAAGAGGCGGGGCAAGAAGAAGGAGAGUAAGCUGGCGCCCAAGGCAAAGGCGACGCUCACCACGGAGCAACGAGUGGCGGAAAUCCUGGCCAGGACAAGAUCUCCCGCUGCCAUCGCGAAGGCGCCGACCGCUAGCGGCGGUGGCGGCGACGACAGAGGCGGCAGCGAAGACCGCCCUUGGACGGGUGGAGAAGGAACGGGGACCUUCAGCGACUUCGCCAAGUCUUUGCGAGAUCUGCAGCAGACCGGGGAACUGGACUUGAGCUCGGAGGGUGUGGCGGGCAAGAGCGGGCUCGGCUCGUCGGAAUCGCCACGCCCGAACCUAAGACCGCCGCCGCCGGAACGCCCGCCGCCCCGACACCACCGCGACGGCGACGACGAGAGCAGCGGGCCGCUGGAUCUGUCCGGAUCCCUGGUGAUAGGCGAGGCCGACAUGGAGAGCCAUCGACGGCUUCUGCGCCCUCCGUACGGGGGGCGGAUAACGGACAGCCCCGUCACGUCCAGCGGGCCCUGGGACGUGCCCACGGCGGCCCCGUCGCUCGCGGAGCUAGAGUACCAGCUCCGAAAGCUGAGCCCGCUCCGCGGCAUGGCGGCCGUGGCGAGCAAGGCCCGCGGCGCCGGCAGCGCCGGCCGUGGCAGCAGGUCUCCCGCUCUUAAGAGCAGGCGCGGCGGCGCUCGCGGAGGCGGCGGUGCCGGCGGCGGCAGUGGUACCCGCUCCAGGCGUUCCGAACAAAGGGACGGGGGGUUCGAGGGGGCAAGCGGCGGUGGUGUCUCGAGCAAGACAGGUCGCGGCCAAAUGCGGGACAGGGGGGGAAGCAGAGGAGGGGGGAUCGGGCGCGGUGGAGAGAUGGGGGGGGCGAGGCAUGGCGACGCGGAGCAGAGCCCUGCAGACCUGAGCAGCGUGGUGUUGGUGUCGAGCCUUAGCAGCACUCCCGGCCGGAGGAAGAGCGGCUCGGGCCGCUGGGCGAAGGGUCAAGGGCAAGGGGGGGUCACGCAGACCCGAAUGGGAGGGGUGGACCUGGGCGUCGACGACCUGUCCGCGGCGCACUGGGAACUCACGGAAGCGGAACGGGAUCUCCAGAGGCGGGAGCGCGAGGUCGACCGUCGGGAGCGGAGCGCCGCGGAGGCCGAAGAGGGUGCCAGCCAAACCCAGCGAGAGGCGGCGCGGGUCCGGGAGAAGGCGGAAGGAGAGCUCGAGAAGGCUAAGGCCGAGAUAUACGCCUUGCAGGUGGUGAUGACGAUGGCAUGA